AUGGGCAGAAGCCGUCCCGGUGGAGAGGAAAGGCGGCUGGCCAGGCGUGCUGCAGCGAGCGAGGAGGAGCAAAGGGGACCGCGGGGCGGCUCCGCCUCCUCAUGGCAAAAUCCCCGCCCCGCGCCAGCCGCUUCCCUCAAGCCAGAACCGCGCUCUCAGGCCGGAAUCCGAGCCCACCCGUGGUCCCUCUGCCGCGACCUCCCCCGAGAGCUGCCGGUGGCUGGAGGACUUCUGUGGAGCCCGGGCCCCAGACCCCCGGGCAAGACUCGCAUGGACAGGGUGGGUCAGCGCCCUGCCCUAACUUUUAUCCUGGAUAAGGCUCUCCUAGAGAGUGCCAGGAACACCUGCUUCAUUCCUGUAAUCACUUGGGAGGCUGAGGCAAGAGGAUUGCUUGAGACCAGGAGUUUAAAACAAGCCAGAGCUACAGAGCAAGACCCCGUAUCUACAAAAAUCAGAGGGAAUUUAGGAAAGGCCAUGUUCACAGGGCCUGUGGAAGACUCAGGUGAGACUCCUCAAGACCAGAUUUUGCCCAAAGGUUUUGAUACUCCUAGGUCCUACCUUGCCAGCAUGGGCAGAGGGAAUCCACAGUUUAUCACUGUCACCUGGCUUGGGGAAGUCACAGACCUGUUCUGA